CAACCUGUCUACUGCUUCUAUGGGUUCACUUACACAGGAUCUUGGAGGUGGGCGACAAAAUGGGCCGGUGUUGCGUCGCCUAUGAUGUCAUAACCGUAGCAAGCUCAGUGGUUUUGACAGCCAAUAAAACAAGCUGAAAGCACUCUAUUCCCCGACAAUCAAACUCGUACAUAACCAAGUAAUGGUCAAAUUCAAGACUGGACAAAGUACAGCAUGUCGGUGACCAAUUCAAGAACAUAGGCGACUUUAGAGAUACCGCGAGGGACAAGAGUGCCGUCGGGUAUACUGUUUGUGGACAUACAUUCUUACUGAUCCAAUGCAUUGGUUGAUAGUGUUCUGGGAACCAUCUGUUGACAGCACGGAACAUUGAAGAACCCCUACCCUGUGUGUUUUCCAACCUGCCUGGUCGUGAGCGAGAGACCGAAAGGUGCAAAAGAGAGGGAUUUUGGUGCCACUCAUCUCAGUAAGAGGUUGUGUCAAAGCCAAUCAUGAACUGCUUUGGAUCUCCCCCAGGCGAGGACGUUCCCGCCCCACGUUCCAGACGCUCCGCAAAUAACAUGGCAGCCAACUCAGCAACACCCCCCUCUGACAGGCGCUUCCUCAUCUUCUUCGACUUUGACGAGACCAUUGUAAAUGAGAGCAGUGAUGAUGUGGUGGUGCAGGCGGCCCCAGGGCAGAACCUCCCCGCCUGGCUGAAGGACACCUACCGACCGGGCCACUACAACGAGUACAUGCAGCGCGUGCUAGCCUACAUGGCAGAGAAGGGCGUGACCGAGAGUGCCAUCCGCUCCGUCAUCGAGAAGAUCCCCGCCUCUCCCGGCAUGCUGGCCUUGUUCCAGUUCCUCCGCCACCGCCCCCCGCAGGACUUUGAGGUGGUUCUGGUGUCUGAUGCCAACACCUUCUUCAUCGAGUCCUGGCUCCGCCGUGUUGGGGCCCGCCAGCUCUUCGUCAAGAUCUUCACCAACCCUGCCACCUUCGACAAGGAUGGCCGGCUUGUGCUGCGCCCCUUCCACUCCCACAGCUGCCUGCGCUGCCCGGAGAACAUGUGCAAGCAGGUGAUCUUGAGGGACUAUGUGAUGCGGCGGACGCAGGAGCGUGGGCGACCGUUCCAGAGGGUAUUCUAUGUGGGCGAUGGGGCCAACGACUUCUGCCCAUCUCUGAUCCUGGGGCCCCGGGACACGGCGUUUGCCCGGCGGGACUACCCCAUGCACCGGCUGAUCACUGAGAUCCACGAGGCCAGGCCAGGGGAGUUCAAGGCUGUCACUGUGCCCUGGGCCAGUGGGGAUGAUGUGGUGGAGCGACUCAGGAGGCACGCAGAGGAGAAAUGAUGAAGCUAGGGGGGGGGGGGGGCUGCUCACACACAUACAUACAUACACAAAUACUCAGACACUCGCACAUACAGCAAAUUACAUUCCCAGAUCAAAUACCCACAAUACCACCUACUGCCACACAAUGAAAAUCCACUCUACACUCAAGAAUAGAGCAUUGCCAAUUGAACAGGCGUUUUGAUAUAUUGCCUGCGACAGUGUCACACUUCCGCUCAGUCCAUCUGUCUUACUCGGACUCCGCCACAGAGCUAGAGAUACUGUAGUCUUUCAGUCCACCUCUUCUCACUCUAGGCUUGAAGUCAAUCAGAAACACCAACCCAGGAAGGGCAUCAACUCUGUUAGUUAUUACAGGGACCUAUGCCUUAGUUGAUAUCCUACCAGUCAGGGCAGUAUUGUCAGUCAAUCUUUUAGAGGGAUUGAUCCUCUUAUGCUGGAUUGAGAGGGAAGAGGAACAAACAUCAUUGACUGAAUAGGGGGUUCUGCAGUGAUACAUUUAGGACUGAUGUAUUACCUAUAUUCCUUUGUUGACUCUGAGCACUUGGUUUAUUACAGUUUUCCUCAAUUGCUGACGAGCGUCGGUCAAUACUGAAGCCACUUUUUCAAAACUCUUCACACAGUCUGCAUUACCAACAUGCAUCUUGGCCAAACAGUUCAUCUCACCUCAAACCACUUCAUACACGUCUCAAAAUAAGCUGGUUCGACCAGAACUCUGGCAGCAGUUCUCACUCAAAACACACUGACCUAAAAAAAACACGAACAGGGAGCAUUACAUAAAUGUACUUCUCUUUGAAUGAUUUUCCACAUAAAUCAGUAUUUCAUUAUAGAAUAACAUCGUGACUUUAUUGACUGUACUAAAGUAUAUGUCACAAGAAUGAAUCAGAAAUGCAGCAAUUUCCGUCAAUAGCCAUUUUUUUCCUAUGCCUUUGCAUAUAGUCAUUUACUUGUGAAGAAUAAAGUUGAAACAAAAAACAAGUUCCUGAAAUUCCAGGGCUGCAAUAAUUCAAAACAUUUAUAGUAUAAUCACUAACUAUACAGUACUGUGACGGUUCCACUUCUCCCUCUCUCCUGCAUUUGGCCACAAGUUCUCAACAUCACAUCUUAUGUCUUCUCUGGCAAAGCAUCUUGGGAAGUAUCUUCUGGAAUGUCUAAUCCAACCCUGCCAGUCUUCAGGAGAAGUGUCUCCACACCCUGCCAGUCCUCAUGAGAAGUGUCUCCACACCCUGCCAGUCCUCAGGAGAAGUGUCUCCACACCCUGCCAGUCUUCAGGAGAAGUGUCUCCACACCCUGCAUCCAGUAAGGACAUCUGGUCAUGUGGACGGUGGUCAUAAACCUUCCACCUCCACGCAGAGGAAAACUCCUCUAUGGGGUUAAGGAAGGGGGAGUGUGGAGGCAGGAAUAGUACUGGCAUCCUGGGAUGUGCAGCAAACCAGUCUGUGAGUGGUGGAAUGUCACAUUAACCCACACAACGACGUUAGGGGAGUUUCUGGCCCCUCUCUCCUCCGCUGGCACGAGUCGAUUAUGUAGAUUCAUCCAGAAAAUAAAUGAGCCUCUCUAUAUUGUAGGGGCCAAUGAGUGGUUUAUGUAACAGCAAACCAUCAUUGGACAGUGCUGCACACAUUGAUGUUAGCUCCUCUCUGGCCUGGGACUUCCACGGUUGCGGUCUGUCCAAUCACAUUUCUUCCCCUGCGGUGUGUUUUUGUCAGAUUGAAUCCAGCUUCAUCCACAAAGAUGAAUGUAUGUGCAGUUUGCCUGGCUUCCAUCUCCAUUAAUCUCAAACACAGUAAAUCCACAGUUUUACAGUACUUUACAUUAUGCAUAGCUGUGUAUGUACCCUGUUUGGUUAUUGAACAGACAUCUUACCUGGAUAUAUUGACUCCAGAGUUCUUUCACAGUUUCUCUCAAAGGGUACAGUGUACAACUGCUUCCUCCUUGUUUUAUGUUUCUCUAGGACUCUGGCCAUUGUCCUUGUGCUGACCGUAUUCACAUUCCCAAAAGUAAUAUUGUCUGCCAGCACUCUGUCCCGAAUUUCCCACAGUUUUAUUGCAUUGUUGCCAAUCACCAUGUCAACAAUGGCAAUUUCCUGCGCAUCUGAUUCUGCCGAUGCUGUGGACCAAUGGAUCCUACUGAAAAACACAAAACAAAUCAACCCAUUAAUAAAUGUCAGUACAUGUAAAAAUGUGAACAUACUGAAUUGUACUGUAAUAUAUAGUUAAAUUAUUAUUGAAGGAUGCACAUCUCACCUGUUGUUUUGCCAGAAAAUUUGUACUAUUGAUACAACUGUUGAAUGCUGCAGAUUUGGUUGCACCCUUAAACCGGCUUCUCUCAAAGAGGGACCAUGGUUUACAACAUGGUCAAUAAUUGUGGCCCUUACCUCAUCAGAGACCACCGCUCUUGGUCUUCCUCUCCUUUGUCCUCCACGCAUUCUCCCUCUCUCUGUCACUCUUCUUUCCCCACCAACCUGUCUUCAUUGAUCCAUGUUUCCAAACUAAAUCAUUCAGAAGCCGUCCUCUUUUUGUCUAUUUGGUAACGAGCCUAAAAACAGGACACUUGGGUAGGCUUUCAGCUGAAAUUGCAAUCAGCUGUGUUUGGAAUUAUUAAAUAUUCUACUGAGAUUUUCUAUGUUUCAAUCUGGUUACUGCAGAAAUGCACGACAUUUGCCAUCAUUCUGUUUUGAAUGUGUUUUUAACAGUUUUGGAAACGCUGCAAAUAUAUAGUUUUGCAGGUGGUGGAGUACGAAUGGAUGCAUUUUGUGUGAAAGCAAUGAAAAAUGAUUCACAGUUUGGUCCACAUACACUUCCGUUUCACUGACUGUGUGAAGAGUUUUGACAAUGUGACUUCAGUUUUGACCAAUGCAUGUUAGCAAUUGAAAACUGUAACAAUCAAACUGGGUCAGUAGGGCAGUAGAUCCGGUUAGUUAGUGUCCCGUUCUCUGACUAUAGCCCUCUCCAGUCCACCCAAUGGCAUUGUCGAUGCUAAAUGAAUGGGUGGCUAUUCUAGUGUAAUUCUUAAAUCUUAUAUUAUCAAUAACAAAUUGUGUUGUUUACUUGUUAACAGUGCUCUUUGUGAAAUAGGAAAUUGAUGGCUGAUCAGGGGAAAUGUAAUGUUUUGGAAAAUAAAUUGAAAUGGAACAGAAAAUGUACUGUACCAUAUGACAUAGCUAUAUAACUUAAUAUUGUCGUUUUUAAAACAUGUAUGUAUUAUUUGUGCAUGUCUGUUUUUAAUAUGUAACACGUACUUGUACCUACAUGUUCCACCACCAGCAGGAAUAUAAAGCCAUGAACUAAA